GCUCCGCUGGUCCAGUCUCUCACGGUCGUCGCCAUAUUGCGACGAGCUUUACACGCCGUCAAACCGCGACGUGCCCCCCACCCCCACUGACGACGACUCAAACUCCGACGACUCUGUCUCCGACUCGGCACACGGUCGCCGCACGGCAAUGGACUGAAAACGGAACAAGUGCGGACACCAUCGCUGCUAUUCCUCCGCCUACACGUCGUCACGGUUUACGGACGGAUUGCCGUCGGGACGGACGCCGCCGCAUACCGAAAGAGGUCCACCGCGCACGUCCUACAGGGACGAUACCAGUUAUAGUAGUUAGUCGCGGUAUACGGACCGUGCGCGCGCGGUGCGUCAUUGAGACACUGUUCCGUCGUGCGUGUGUGCGGAUCGGGUCGGGCGAUACAACGUGUACACUUUAGAUCACUACCCACCUCUAUACAGUCAUACGGGACCACCGACCGCGCGAGAGUCCAUCCCGCCCGCGGAGGAAUUGAGCGGCUCGGUCGACGACGCAUAGAAAUUUUGAAUUUGGACACUACAACGCGGGAUAAAAUAUGGCACCUGUGGACAAGUCGACCGAUGGAUCCGAUUCAGCAGACAAAUCGGGUACGUCGCCUCCGAGUCUGGCAAUCGGCGAAAAUAAGACAAUUGGCGGUACGUCGGCCCAGGGACUCGACCAGUCAGCCAGACAGGGUACGCCUGUCCUGGACGGCACCGGAUACGCCGAGACGACAAUGAGUUCCAAGCUGGAAAACGCAGACGUCUUAAAAACUAAACUCUCAGAAAAAGAUUUGAGGACGCCGAGCAUACCGUUCAUCACGUCCACGCCAAACACCUUGACUCCGACGGAUAGUUCGGAAAUGCCACCAUGGGCGUCUUGGUCUAUAAUAAUAGCGGUAGUAUUACUAGCUGUCGGAUUCGUGGGCUUUUGCAUACACAGAUUCUUCAGGAAGCGAAGAACAAAAGAUGGCAAAAAAGGAAAAGGCGUCGUGGAUCUAAAAGCUGUCCAACUAUUGGGUUCAGCCUACAAAGAAAAAAUACAACCAGACAUGGAAGAAUUGGCUGACAAUGCGGAGGAAAUCGCAGAGGAAGGAGACAGUACGAAGGACGAGAAAAAGUUGGGAAGGUUACAGUUCAAGAUGGAAUACGAUUUUCAAGGCAACACUCUCUCCGUGACCGUGAUCCAAGCGGAAGACCUGCCGGCCCUGGAUAUGGGAGGUACUUCGGACCCGUACGUCAAAGUCUACUUAUUGCCGGACAAAAAGAAGAAAUUCGAAACAAAAGUGCACAGAAAAACGCUGAAUCCCGUCUUUAACGAAACAUUCCAGUUUAAGGGGAUACCUUAUGCAGAUGCGAUGAACAAGACUUUGGUAUUUGCCAUUUUCGAUUUCGACCGGUUCUCCAAGCACGAUCAGAUAGGAGAAGUAAAAGUGCCCUUGUGUCAGAUCGAUUUGGCCCAGACGAUCGAAGAAUGGAGAGAACUGCAGUCGGUCGAAGGAGAAGGAGGACAGGAUAACAAGCUGGGAGACAUUUGCUUCUCGUUGCGCUACGUGCCUACUGCCGGAAAACUUACAGUAGUAAUAUUGGAAGCUAAAAACUUAAAGAAAAUGGACGUUGGUGGACUCUCAGAUCCGUACGUGAAGAUCGCUUUGAUGCAAAAUGGAAAAAGGUUAAAGAAAAAGAAAACGAGUAUAAAAAAGUGUACCCUCAAUCCAUAUUACAACGAGUCGUUCACAUUCGAAGUGCCAUUCGAACAGAUACAAAAAGUCAACCUGGUAGUGACAGUGGUCGACUACGAUCGCAUCGGUACGUCCGAGCCCAUCGGCAAAGUGGUGUUGGGCUACAAUGCCACCGGCACCGAACUGCGGCACUGGUCCGACAUGUUGGCGUCGCCAAGGCGUCCGAUCGCGCAAUGGCACACGCUGAAGGAUCCGGACGACGACGCCAAAAACUAGAGAAAAUCAUACGAGAACCGACCGGACGACAGAACAUCGCCGCCGGCAAAGUCAUCGCUUAACCACAGGCGUCCCAAUUGGAUAUAAUAAUACUAUGCAGAAAUAAUUCUUAAACGACACACAAAUCGGAAUCGGAAAUACAAACAGACACCUAUACCUAAUAUGGGUACACCAUAAAAUAAUAUCGAAAUAGAUAAUAUUAUUGUCUAAACGAGAAAACGCGCAAUUUUGUGUAUUAUUAUCUCAUAGUAGACAAUAUUACAAUAUAAUUAUCCGGAGUAUUACAAUAUUAUUAUUUGAACUCUUUCUUAAAAAAAAAAAACAUUAUUUGAUAAUAAUUGUAUACUUACCAUAUUAAUAUUAUAGUAUGACAUCAUCCGUGCCCAUGGUGUGUACAUAACUACGAUAUUAUCGUUGCGUGUUUUCACAUAAACUACGACGAUUAUAAUUAUAUAAUGUAAUAACUACCGUUGUCGUCAAUCCAUAAUAUUCACCGUUCAGCUUCUCCCCCGUCAGCCCCACAAAACAAAAAAUAUCCGUUCAUAAUCCGUAUUAAAACGAUCACCAGUCACCAUAGACAUAAUAUAUAUCUUACCUAUAAACAUGGAAAAUAUUUAUACGUCCGUCCUACCUGAUACACUUAAUUAUCGUAGUUUAUCGUUCAGGUGCCGCCUAGAGUUAUUAUAAAAAAAACCUCGUCUUAUUGUGGUGCGUAUUAUUAAAACAUAAUUCAUUGGCAUAGCCGAGUGGGCGGAAAACCAUCCCGAAAUUUCCGGAAAAUGAUGUGUAACCAUUUAUUAAAAUUUUAAUAUUUAUGAAGGUUAGUGGUUACUGCGAAAGUCUAAAAUCUACCCCCGACAUCAGCAUACCAAAUUUAUGAAGGACCCCAGUUAAGCCUCCCCUAAACAAAUUAUCAGCCCCACCACCAAAGUAAAAUCUUGGCAGAUCCUUCAUAUAAUAAUUUAUUGUACUUAAGAGCAAGACGAAAUUAUUUUCAAUACCGAUCAAAAACAAAAAAAUAACGGGUCGUCUAACAG